AUGGAAGCUGCGCGAGCCAAGAAGACCGAGAGCCAAAGGAGAGAAGCACGAGCCGGGACGGUGCUGGAAAAGGGUCGGCCCAUGCUGGCCUCUACGCGAAGCCGCCGUGAGAAACUGCAGGAGCUCUUUGAGGAGUGGUUGCGAGAACGUGGCCGUACCUGGGCUGGCCUGCAGGCCCUGGCUAAGUACGACGUGGAGCAGCUGAACGAGAUCCUGAUUUGGUACGGGCAGUGGCUCUAUGCCGAAGGGAAGCCCUACUAUCAUCUCUCAGAGACCAUAAACAUGUUCUCUCUGGUUUGCCCUCAGGUUCGUCGCCAGCUCCAACCAGCUUGGGAUAUUUGUUUCUCGUGGCAGCGGCAGGAACCACCAGUGCACCACACGGCCCUGCCCUGGCAAAUUUUGCUCGGGAUGUUGUCCAUCUCUAUGCUCUGGGGAUGGAUGGACGUUGCAGGUAUCCUAGCUAUUUGUUGGGGCGGGCUAGCUCGGGUAGGGGAAGCGAUGGCAGCUAGAAGGCGAGACCUUGUCCUUCCCGACGACGUUGGGGUGGACUGCGGUGCAGAUGGGUCCAUGAUUCUCAUGGCGGUCAUGGAGCCCAAGACCCGCUUUAAAGCUGCAAGACAUCAGUGUGUGAAGGUGGACCAGCCCCAGCUCGUGAAGCUGAUUCGGUGCGCCUUCCAGCCCUUGCGUGCCGAAGAGAAACUCUGGCCAAGGUCGGGCGCCACUUUGCGUGCGCGCUUUCAGAAGCUCCUCAGCGCGCUGGGGAUCCCGCCGAACGCGGUGGCGGGAGUCAGGGAUUUUGACCUCGCCAGCCUCCGAGCUGGCGGCGCGACAUGGUUGAUGGGUUCCACCGAGAGCCCGGAGCUCGUACGUCGCCGCGGCCGAUGGGUUACGGCCAAGGUCAUGGAGAUCUACAUCCAAGAGAUGGCAGCCAUGAUGUUUUUACCACGGCUGGAGCCAGAGCUGCGGGAAAACAUUUUCCACUGGGCAAACGCUUUCGACGAGGCCUUCGAGUUCGUUGUCUGGUGCAAAUCGUUGGGCCUUUUGCCCAAGUACUGGCUUUUUCUCCUACAGCAAGGUGUCAUCUAUGCUUGA